AUGAUGGAAUCAUCUCCAGAUUUAGCCAACAAGGUGAAGGCAAAGAUUCAAUAUAAUGCGAUUAAUUGUAGAAAACAUAGUGCAGUUAUAACCGAAUUUGGAGCUGUGGGUGAUGGAAAAACAUCAAACACAAAAGCGUUUAAUGAAGCCAUUACCAAGCUUGCUCCUAAGGCGGCCGACGGUGGAGUGCAGCUCAUUGUACCUCCGGGAAAAUGGCUUACCGGAAGUUUCAACCUGACCAGCCAUUUUACUUUGUUCAUCCACAAAGAUGCAACUAUUCUUGCUUCUCAGGAUGAAUCUGAAUAUCCAGUGGUUGCACCAUUACCAUCAUAUGGACAAGGAAGAGAUGCAGCAGGACCAACAUUUGCUAGUUUAAUCUCUGGCACAAACCUAACUGAUGUUGUUAUCACCGGUAACAACGGGACAAUCAACGGACAAGGGAAAUAUUGGUGGGUGAAGUAUCGAAGUGGUGGAUUUAAGAAUAUCACGAGACCUUACACACUAGAAAUCAAGUUCUCUAAAGACAUUCAGAUCUCGAACAUCACGAUCAUCGAUUCGCCUGCAUGGAAUAUACAUCCAGUGUACUGCAGUAACGUCAUCGUUAAAAGCGUUACCAUUCUGGCUCCUAUCGAUUCUCCUAAUACUGAUGGAAUCAACCCUGAUUCAUGCACCAACACAUUGAUCGAAGACUGUUACGUUGUCUCCGGAGAUGAUUGCAUCGCCGUCAAGAGCGGUUGGGAUCAGUUCGGUAUCAAAGUCGGAAUGCCAACUCAGCAACUCUCGAUCCGAAGGCUCACAUGCAUCUCUCCCGAUAGUGCUGGAAUAGCACUCGGGAGCGAGAUGUCCGGUGGAAUCAAAGACGUUAGGAUGGAAGACAUAGUGUUACUUCAGACACAAUCCGCUAUCCGAAUCAAAACAGCUGUUGGUCGUGGAGGUUACGUGAAAGAUAUCUUUGCCCGAAGGUUUAUAAUGAAGACAAUGAAAUACGUUUUCUGGAUGAGUGGUGCUUAUAACCAACACCCUGCUUCGGGAUAUGACCCCAAGGCUAUGCCCGAGAUUACGAAUAUUAAUUACCGUGACAUGAUCGCUGAGAACGUUACGCAGCCCGCUAGGCUCGAUGGGUUCACGAACGAUCCUUUCACAAAGAUAUGUAUGUCGAAUAUUAAAAUUGCUUUGGCUGCUGAGCCCAAAAAGUUGCUGUGGAACUGUACGGCCAUAUCCGGAGUUUCGAGCAAGGUGACGCCGAAACCGUGUAGCUUGUUGCCGGAGAAAGCUCCUGUGAACUGUGCUUUUCCGGUUGAUAAAAUUCCUGUUGAAUCUGUUGUACUGAACAAAUGCUCGGCUUAG